AUGCAGAACAACAACCAGUCCGGCGGUCGAGGGCGCGGCAGGGGCGGGCGGGGCGGUCCUCGUGGUGGAGGAGGAGGGCGAGGCCGCGGCCGGGGAGGGGGAGGCGGCGGCCGCAGCUUCGGCAACGGGCCCAACAAGCGUCCCCGGUUCGACGGCGGCGAGGGCACCUCCUCCUCCUCCGGCGGCGCCUUCUUCUCGCCUCGCAUGCUCGAGAACCCGUGGGCCCACCUGCGUUGAGCCAACCCCGGCACCU